CGGGCCCCACAGACUCUGCACCCAAAGUUCCCGUCGGGCCUAGUGGGGAGGAGCUGCCGGGCGGACGGAGAUGGAGAUGGCGGAGGGCGGUGGGACGCGCUGUGCGAGGGUCGGAAUCGGGCCUGGUUCGAAGAACUCUAGGCCUGAGGAGGCCGUGUCCCCGGAGACGCGGACCCCUGGGGGCCCCCCUCUGUCGGCCACACCAGGUGCCUCGCGUUGCUGGCUCAGCAAACCUGAGUAAGCAUGAAGCUCCUCUUUUUCGUGGCGAUGAUCGGGUGUUUGCUGGUAUUCCCAGCGCAAGCCAGCAAGAGUUCUGAAGAUAUCCGGUGCAAAUGCAUCUGUCCUCCCUAUAGAAACAUCAGCGGGCACAUUUACAACCAGAAUGUGUCACAGAAAGACUGCAACUGCCUGCACGUGGUGGAGCCCAUGCCGGUGCCUGGCCACGAUGUGGAGGCCUACUGCCUGCUGUGCGAGUGCAAGUACGAGGAGCGCAGCACCACCACCAUCAAGAUCAUCAUCGUCAUCUACCUGUCGGUGGUGGGCGUGCUCCUGCUCUACAUGGCCUUCCUGAUGCUGGUGGACCCACUGAUCCGCAAGCCGGACACGUACACGGAGCAGCUGCACAACGAGGAGGAGAACGAGGAUGCGCGCUCCAUGGCCGCCACCGCCGCCUCCCUGGGGGGGCCCCGCGCCAACACCGUCCUGGAGCGCGUGGAAGGCGCGCAGCAGCGAUGGAAGCUGCAGGUGCAGGAGCAGCGCAAGACCGUCUUCGAUCGGCACAAGAUGCUCAGCUAGGAGCUGCAAGACCCGGAGGCCGGCUGCCAGCCUCUGGUAUUGGACGGCGCCAGGGCCGCUCCGCCCGCCCCUCUGAAAGCCUGCGGCCUUGUCCCCUUCUCCCUCUCGGGAUGCGUGUACUGCAGCCAAUCCCACGGGGAAGGAGUGUGGGGCCUCCUGGUGUGCCUCCUCAGGGAGGGGCUGGAGGAGACUUGGGCUUAUCAGGCAGGUCAGUACUGGGUGGCAUUGAUCGCCCAUCCUCCAGCCCUGCCACCUGUGCAGCUCCACACCUGGGGGCUUUGCUCCCCCGUCCCCCUUGGAAGGCAGAGCUAAGUCGUGGAGAACUCGGGAUAUGGUAGUCAAGCAUGGCUCAGCGCUCAGCUUGUCCAGUGGGGCGCCCAUGACCCCUCCCACCAGGCCCAGCAAUGAGCUUUGCUUCUGGUGCUCAGGGAUGGAUUGGCUGGGGAAGCUGAUGCCCAAGAGCCCCGGAGGGUCCUCAGGGCCUUCCACCAUGCUCCCAGCGUCCAUUCUUAUUUACUCCGCUGCCCAGCCCCUCGCCCACCACAGCAGGCCCCACAGGCUGGUCUUCCCUCCCCGAGGGUCCAACCAUGAGACAGACAAUAGAGGCGGAAGGCCUGCCCUUGGAUCACUGCGUCCCGGAGCGUCCCUGCCAAUGCAUGGAGAGAACGAAGUGUCUGACUGAGGGUUGUAUAUAAAUCCAGGCAGCCAUC